GUCAUUCUCACACCAACGGUCGACGAGGGUGCCGAUUUUUAAGUUCCCGUACCACGUUUGAAUUUAAACUUCAACAAGAUGCCUCUCCAGCUCACGAAACCCGCACCCCAAUUCAAGACUACAGCGGUGGUGAACGGCGAGUUCAAGGACAUCUCGCUGUCCGACUACAAGGGCAAAUAUGUGGUGCUGUUCUUCUACCCACUUGAUUUCACUUUCGUGUGCCCGACUGAGAUUAUUGCUUUCUCGGAGCGCGCUGACGACUUCCGCAAGAUCAACUGCGAGGUUAUCGCAGCCUCCACAGACUCCCACUUCACUCACCUCGCCUGGAUCAACACGCCCAGGAAACAAGGAGGUCUUGGCCCCAUGAACAUUCCGAUCCUGAGCGACAAGACGCAUGGCAUCUCUCGUGACUACGGUGUACUGAACGAGGAGGUCGGAGUUCCAUUCCGAGGGCUGUUCAUCAUCGACGGCAAGCAGAACCUCAGGCAGAUCACUAUCAACGACCUGCCCGUGGGACGGUCAGUAGAUGAGACGCUCCGUCUAGUUCAAGCAUUCCAGUUCACGGACAAGCACGGAGAGGUGUGCCCAGCCAACUGGCAGCCCGGAUCCAAGACAAUCAAACCUGAUACUAAAGCUGCCCAGGAGUACUUCGUUGAUGCCAACUAAGAUCAAACUAAAUUUGGUUAGAUGCUAAAUGGACUGUAGUGGAAAUAUCAAAUAUCAUUAAUAUAACAUUAACAGCUGAUUCUAUUAAAAAUGAUUAUCAUGACAAUAACUUGACGUUAAGUUUCCAAUUGGUUGCAUCUAACCAACCUAAGUUACUAUAUCUAUCGACAAAUUUUUACGUGUAUUAACUGUUGAUCAGUGCUCUUAUCAUAGUAAAUAGUGAUUUAUGAAUGGGUAAUUUUUUCAUUGAAUAAAUAGUAUGGGAAAUCCAGUGCAGGUGUUGAUGAAACUGUCACCUAUUAAGAUGGACCAGAGAUAUCGCUGUGCAAUUCCUUCUAUGAAAUUGCAUCGUAAGAAACAAUCAGUAUUUAACAGAGAUCCUAUGUGUUGUAAUAUGCAAUCGAGGCUGCAAUAAACAACAUGUUCUU